AUGGGUGUGGUGCUGCGCAGCAGAGCCUCCCUGCACCGCGCGUCCACCAUCGGCCUGCUGGACAUCUACGGCUUUGAGUCCUUUGAGUACAACGACCUGGAGCAGUUCUGCAUCAACCUGGCCAAUGAGAAGCUGCAGCAGCACUUCAACCACCACGUGUUCAAGGAGGAGCAGGUGGGGCGCAUGGACUCGGUGGUGUCCCAGCUGGAGACUGGUGACGUCAUCGUGACAGCGGAGGUCGUGGAGGGCGCAGACAAGCUCAUCCGGCCCAAUAACGGCGGCGACGGCGUCGGCAGUGCACAAGCGGCGGCGGCGGUAGCUGCCGGGGGGGCGCCGUAA